CGUACACUGGUACCAAACCACAGACGCACAGAGACGAAAAAGAAGCAUCGCAUGGCACGACAAACGAGCUCGCUCGUAUCCCUUAUCCUCCCAUUGAUUUGACACACGGCGGAAGCACAGCACCAGAAACCGACACCCGAGAAAAAAGUCGUGCAGCACGACCCACCCCCUCCCCUCACUCGCUUGGAGUGAAAAAUCACCUCUACCAGUCUCCUCCCCAGCCGCCGCCAUCAUCCCCGCCCCACCCGUCCCCCCCAUCAUCCUGACCAUUGUCGUCCUGACCAGGCCAUCGAAAGGCCUGAUUGGGAUCAUCCCCCCAGGACCAGCCGGAGUCAGCGGGGUUCUGCUGCGCGUCGGACUCACUGCCCUGGGAGGGAGGGGGAGGCUGGGAGGCCUGUGAGGGGUCCUCAUGCGUGUGAUGGACCUCCAUCUGGCGCGGACCAAGGAAGGAGUCCAUCAGCCGCAUGCCCAUCCCCCACCCCAAACCAUGCGCCAUCCCAUCCAUGAUAGCGCCGAAGAUGCCUGGCCUCUGGUACUGGGCGGGAGGCUGAUUCUGAUACUGCUGCGGCGCGUACUGGCCUUGCUGUUGCUGUUGUUGCUUGGCCUGUUGUCCUUGACCGAACCACGAGAAAGCUCCCUGUGACGGAUACGGCCCUUGCUGCUGCUGUUGAGCCUUCUUGGUGGCAUGCUUCAUGAUACGGGCACCUGCAGCCACCACACAGAGCAUGCAGUAAGGCAAUCCGCACGUCGGCUGCUCGCGUACCUUUUUUCAACACGUUGCGCGUCAUGUUGGCUCGACGACUUUAAUGAAGGGGAGAGGGAGCACCAGACUUCGAUGUCGAGCACUUUCACCAGAAGUUCGCCAGGCUUCGCACGCAGCGGUUUCAGG